GACUUCUUCGACCAGUCGCUCGACGAGAUCAAGCUCCUGCGAUACCUGCGCAAGCACGACCCGCGCGACGAGCACCACGUGCUGCGCAUGUACGACUACUUUUACCACCGCGAGCAUCUCUUCCUCGUCUGCGAGCUGCUGCGCGACAACUUGUACGAGUUCUCGCGCUUCAACCGAGACUCUGGCGGCGAGCGGUACUUCCAGCUGCCGCGCCUUCGCCGCAUCGCCAAGCAAUGCCUGGAGGCGCUCGUCUUCGUGCACCGGUUGGGCCUCUUCCAUGGGGCCCUCAAGCGGGGGAACAUCCUGAUCCAGUCCUACUCGCGGUGGGGGGUCAAGGGGGUGGCCCCCCCGCCCCUGGGGAAACCUGGGGACCCCUUGGGGGGCAAGGGACCCCCCCCCCCCCUUUGGUGUGCUUUCGGCAGGGGAUGGACUUGGGCCCCCCCUCAGGUGGUGCUCGGGCUCGGCUACGGCCAAAAGAUCGACCUCUGGUCGCUCGGGGCCAUCCUCGGGGAGCUGCACACGGGGUACGUGCUCUUCCAAAACGACUCCCUCGCCACCAUGCUCGCGAGGAUCGUGGGCAUCCUCGGCCCCUUCCCGCAGCGGAUGCUUGAGCGCGGUCGCCACACGCACAAGUUCUUCGUCGGCGACACCCCCUACGAGCGCGACGCCUCCGGCGCCAUCUGCCUGCUCCGGCCGAAGCCGUCCUCGCUGCGGCACCGGCUGCACUCGGACGACAAGCUCUUCCUCUCCUUCGUCGGGUCGCUGCUCAAGGUGGACCCCGACCAGCGGCCGACGGCGCAGCAGGCGCUGCAACAUCCAUGGAUAGCGAGCGACCCCUACCAGUAG